AUGGGGCUCCAGUUAGCCAAUCAGCUUUCGGCCCCUUCCAGCGCCAUCUGGGUUCUAAUUGGAUCCGAUCACUACUGGAAGGUCGUCACCGGAAGCACCGUGCGAUUCUCGAAAGACCUGGUAGCAGUAGAAACUUUGUUCGGGUGGACGGUGCAGGCCGCUUUUCGCUUCAUAUCCGCGAAUAAGCGAUCCAACGAUACAGAUGGCACUGUUCUUCAAGAAUUUCGUGCGGCUGCUAAGCUUUGCGGCGGUCGAUAUGUUGUGCGGUUCCCAAGAGAUCCAGGCAAAAGCUUCUUACUGGGUGACAACAAGGCCCUAGCCGUACAGAGACUCCAAAGGAUAACGAAAAAAUUGCUCUCCGACGAAGCAGUUAUGGAUGAGUACGACUCAACGAUACGACAGUACCUGAAGAACGAUCAUGCCGAGCGAGUGCCUGACCCUGCAGUUGUUUCAGGACCACUGUACUACAUGGCUCAUCAUGCAGUCAUUCGUAGAGACCGAGAGACAACGAAGGUUCGGAUAGUGUUCGAUGCCUCAUCAAAGGCUCCCGGUUGUCUCUCGCUCAACGAAACGCUUCAUGCUGGGCCAAACUUGAGCCCGGACGUCCUGGAACUUCUGCUACAAUUUCGAGCCUUUCGAAUUGCUGUAACAGCGGACGUUGAAAAGGCGUUUCUGCAGAUCCUGUUGGAAGAGGCUGGCAGAGAUUGGUUACGCUUCCUUUGGUACUCGACGACUCCAAAGAACGGCGAACCUUUACCAUCAGUUGAGACUUGGAGGGUGACGCGUGUCCCUCUCGGUGCCAAGUCGAGUCCAUUUCUGCUAGCAGCCACCACACGUCAUCACUUACAGUCUGUAGAGGCAACGUAUACUCCGACUGAUACUCUGACUGCUUCUCUACUUGCGUCACACUUUUACGUCGACGACCUAGUUGUCGGGUUGGACACUGUUGAAGAGGCGCUAACGCUAUACCAUCAGGCACGACAGAUCCUUCGAGAGGCCGGGUUUCUCGACAUUGCAGGGUUUCCAAAGGAUCUUGGGUGCAUCGAUUGUACACACGUGUGUGUCAAACCUCCUAAGCGUGAGCUCCGUGCAGCCUAUCGCAACAGGAAGGGCCUCUAUUCAGUGAAUGUGCAAGCAAGAUACAAGAAGAAGAGCCACAGGAGUCAGGAGUGCGAGACAUGCCUUCCGGGGUUUCAGUACGAGACUGCCUGGUGGCACGGGUCUUCACAUAACUCAAGAAAUGCUCAACAGCUUCCAGAGUGUCCCAUCGUACAGUGA